AUGGCAGGUUUCUGCCAGCGGCUGGGGAAGCCGGGCCUGAGGUAUGGACCACCCCCACAGAGGCUGAAGGAAGGCCAAAGGAAUCCUGAUCUAAUCCCAGCACCCAUGGAGGGAAUCAAUCCAUCCUCAAGAGGCUGCUUCCACCCCCCGGAGGAAGGCAGCGGUUUACCUUGCCAGGAUGGGGAAGCGGGGGCCAUGAGGAUGGGGACCCACCCACAGAAGGCUGAAGGCCAAAGGGAAUCCCGAUCAAUCAAUCAGCCCAUGGAGGGAACAAUCCUCCGAUCAGAGGCUGCUUCCCCUGGAGGAAGGCAGGUUUACCUGCCAGGCUGGGGGAAGCAGGGGCCCCCCCCCCCUGAGGGAUUGGACCCCACCACAGAGAGGGGAGGCCCCCCCUUUGAAGGUCCAAAGGGAUCCCCGAUCCAUAUCCAGCCCAUGGAGGGCAGAACUGAGGAAGUGUGGGCCUUGAGGAUCGGACCCACCACAGAGGGCUAG